UUCCUACCAUUUUUUUUUUUCAUCUUAAUUCUCUUCAAUUCCCUUCCUCUUCCAUUUUCAAUAAUAAUGUUGUUUCAUGAACUUUUUGAGCCUCCAUAGACUUUAAUGAUUCUUAGCUGCUUGACUGCACUUUACCUAUAUAUCUUUGUUGUUUGGUUUUUCUUUCUCCAUGCAUGCUGAACAUGAACAAGGUGCAGGUGCACGUGAGGGCUUAAUUGGGGGAUUUGUUAUAUGUGUGUUGUUGAUUUCUGUUUGUGCUCAUUGGAGUAAGCUUACGAGAUUCAAUAAUUAAUCAUGUGUGACACUAUGUCCGUACCUAGUACAGAUCAACCUGUUAAAGGUCUUGAGAUGGAAUAUUUAGAGGAUGAAAAGAAGACCAGGCUUGGUUCUCUAAAGAAGGUAGCAAUCAGUGCAUCUUCUAAGUUCAAAAACUCCUUGACAAAGAAGGGGAGAAAGCACUGCAGGGUUAUGUCUAUUGCUAUUGAGGAUGAACUUGAUUUAGAAGAGUUACAAGCAGUUGAUGCUUUUCGCCAAGCUCUUACCCUGGAAGAGCUAUUACCCUCUAAACAUGAUGAUGAUCACAUGAUGCUAAGAUUCUUGAGAGCAAGGAAGUUUGACAUUGAGAAAGCAAAACAAAUGUGGGCAGAUAUGCUCCAGUGGAGAAGGGAAUUUGGUGCUGAUACCAUCAUGGAGGAUUUUGAGUUCCAGGAGAUAGAUGAAGUUAUAAAAUACUACCCUCAAGGACAUCACGGAACUGACAAGGAUGGAAGACCUGUUUACAUAGAAAGGUUAGGUCAGGUUGACUCUCACAAGCUGAUGCAAGUCACCACCAUGGAUCGCUAUCUUAAGUACCAUGUAAGAGAGUUUGAGAGGACUUUUGCUGUUAAGUUGCCUGCUUGUUCAAUCGCAGCAAAGAAGCACAUUGACCAAAGUACCACUAUCUUGGAUGUGCAAGGAGUGGGUCUCAAAAGUUUGAAUAAAGCUGCAAGGGAUCUCAUCCAGAUGCUUCAAAAGGUUGAUGGUGAUAACUAUCCUGAGUCCCUGAACCGUAUGUUCAUCAUCAAUGCUGGUUCUGGAUUCCGGCUGCUGUGGAACACUAUCAAGAGUUUCCUUGACCCCAAGACCACUUCAAAAAUCCAUGUCCUAGGGAACAAAUACCAGAGUAAGUUGCUUGAGAUCAUUGAUGCCAGUGAACUUCCAGAGUUCUUGGGAGGUACUUGUACUUGUGCAGACAAAGGUGGUUGUAUGCUUUCUGAUAAGGGACCAUGGAAUGACCCUGAAAUCUUCAAGAUGGUUCAAAAUGGUCAAGGCAAAUGCAAAAGGAAAACCUUAUCUGGGAUUGAGGAAAAAACAAUGAUUGAAGAUGACACAACAUAUGAAAAGGAAUGCAUGCCAAAAGUGGAGCAUCCAGAAUGUUAUGCUGUUCCAGAAGUUGCAAAACAAUGUAAUGUAUAUCAGUGUGAUGCCUUUGUCCCAGUGAUUGGUAAUUCAGUCUCUUGGAAGAAAGCAGUACAAAAUGAUAAAUUGGCACUUUCUCAAGAUUGCUUCCCUAACAAAGAUUGUAAGACUGGGUUAACAACUCAAUUUGCUGGUGGAAUCAUGGCUGUGGUGAUGGGAUUCAUAACAUUCAUCCGUUUGACGCGGAACAUGCCAAGGAAAAUCACAGAAGUUGCCUUGUAUGGCAGCUCUGUAUAUUAUGAUGGCAACAUGAUGAAAGCACCAGCAAUUUCCAUUGAUGAACAUAUGGCCUUGAUGAAGCGCAUGGCUGAACUAGAAGAGAAGGUGAAUGCCCUCAGCAUGAGACCUUCCAUGCCACCAGAAAAGGAGGAAAUGCUGAAUAAUGCUCUAAGCCGAGUAUGUACUCUGGAAGAAGACUUGGCUACAGCCAAAAAGGCACUUGAUGAUGCCUUUGUUAAACAAGUGGAGCUCCAAGCUCUUGUUGACAAAAAGAAAAAGAAGAAGCUGUUCCACUGGUAAGGUGAUAUGCAUUGCUGUCUCACCUCUAAUAUCUAACAUUAGUCAGACUUUUAAAGUUGGUGGCGUUUCUUUAUUAUCAUCAGCCCCAUCGAAUGCUAUUGCAUUCAACUUUGUACUCCCUCCGGUCCUAUUUAUAAGCAGCAAAAAAAAAAUUCACAUAGUUUAAGAAAUGUAGUUAAACUAGAUAAAAUGCAUUAAAUUUGUCUUGAAUCAAAAUAAACUUCCAAAAUUACCCUUUGUUAUUAGUAUUGGAAAGUGGGAAAGAGAGAGAAUAAUUAAUGAGACACAUUUUACAAGUUAGAAUUAAUAAGGGCAUCAUUGGAAAAAAAUAAUUAAUAUAGCUCAAACUUUCAUUUGGUUCUUAUAAAAAGGACCAAGAUUUUUCUUCUCUUUCAUGCUUAUAAAUAGGACCGGAGGGAGUAUAAUUUGUCCAUUAUUGGACUGGAAUCUUCUGUAUAAUACAGUGUGCCAUCCUUGACAAUUGUGUAUAUGUAUAAUACAAGGUUUGGUAUAGAUUAACAAAAAUCAGAUUAGGCUUUACACAUUCUAUCUUGGAGCAAUCAGAAGCCGCACUCAGUAAAGUAUUGUUUGCCCUUGCAACUUUUUUUUCAUACAAUAUGUUUUUAUGAAAGUAUCACAUUCAU